AUGUCUGAUAUCCCACCCGGACUGUAUCGGGAGCGAGCAGCCUCGCCUCCCAGGCCUGUGGAAACUGUCACUUUCCGGCUUCGCACGCGUUCGAUCACAGGCGUUGGGGAAGUCUACAACUCCAAACAUCGCAAUGUUCGCCGUUUGACGAUCCAACCCAAGUGGUUCGACAAAGUCGUCACCGCAGCUUUGUCCAUCUGUCCCAAGUUCGCACAGCCCCGUCUACAGAAAUGGUUUCCGGAGUGGUACCUCCCUCGCAAUAUCGUGCUGAAGACGCAAAAGCCCAAUUGGGUGAAUGAAUUCCACGCUGAAAUCAAGUUCUAUCGAGCCCUGGAGCCACUACAAGGCAUCUAUAUCCCACAGUACCUCGGAGCCACCGAGUUCAACGGCGUUAAAAGCCAUGUGUUGUCAGAUGUUGGCGGUAUCUGCAUGGCCGACAUUGAUGGAGACGACGCGUCGAUUGCUCCCGCUGUCGAGAAGCUGUUUCGCCACACAAUCUCUACGGUGGCUUCCUUGGGCUACUACCAGAACGACAUGAGACUGGACAACUUUCAUCUUGUGGGUGACAAGAUAGUCAUUGUCGACUUGGAGCAAAUGGGCGUCUUUUCGCCCCGAUACAACUUGGAACCAAUCACCGGCUUUCUUGUGCAGAAGAUGACGGCGAUUUUCUCCAAUUACCAACAACAAAUGAGGGAUAGGUAUACCAGUGAUCUGUUCAACGACUAA